AGUCGGGCAAAGAGACUGGAAGCAUGCAGUGUGAAAGGAUGUAAACUUCGUGCCUUGAACAUGAGUACGGAACGUGAGGAGAUGGGAGGCACCACGCUUUCGCAGAAGAAGACCUUCAUGGAAUCAUCAUCGCAGAACCCUAAGCCGCAGGAAGUUCUUCCUCCUGGAGAUGCUGAUCAUGGAACCCAAGGCGACAAGCUUGUAAUUGCCAUGGUCGGUCUGCCAGCAAGGGGCAAGACCUAUAUCGCCAACAAGCUGCAGCGCUAUCUUUCCUUCUUCCACGGGGCUCCCACCCAAGUGUUUAAUGUCGGCAACUACCGAAGGAAGAUGUUUGGUUCCUGCGUUGAGCACGAUUUCUUCGACCAUUCCAACCCUGAGGGUGUGAAGGCUCGAAGGGAAUGUUCCCAUGCAGCGCUGGAGGACCUGAAGAAGUUUAUAUCGUCUGGAAUGGAGAAAGGGCGAGUGGCGAUAUUCGAUGCGACUAACAACACUCGGACCCGUCGGCAAUGGCUCAUCGAUGAAUUGAGCCCCAUCCUUCAGUCCAAAUCCCACAUCAUCUUCGUCGAAUCUGUUUGUGAAGACGAGAACAUGGUUGAGAACAACAUCAGGGCGACAAAGCUGAGUAUGCCGGAUUAUCAAUCUAUGGAGCCAGACGUAGCUGUCGCAGAUUUCAAGAAGAGGAUUGCGCAUUACAUGCAGCACUACGAGCCUUUGUCUGAUCAAGACAAGGAGUACAGCUGGAUUAAAACUGUAAAUGGCGGACAGCAGGUGGUUCUCAACAAGAUUUUCGGAUACUUGCCUGGAAGAAUCGCGUCCUUUGUUAUGAAUCUUCACACUUCACCGAAGAUGAUCUACCUGACACGACAUGGACAAAGCGAAUACAACCUCACCCAGAAGAUCGGAGGGGACUCGUCUCUCACUGCCCACGGCGAGGAGUACGCCACAGCGCUGGCAGCCUGGGUGCACAAGAACAUCCUCGUUGACAACCCUCGCGCGCGGCUAUGGACUUCUACUCUGAAGCGAACUAUUGAGACCGGGAAGCACAUCCGUCACGACGAGAUCAUGCUCGAUGGGCAGCCUUGGAUCGUGAUGCGUCCCCGGGAGUGGCACGCGCUGGAUGAGAUCCACGCGGGGAUUUUUGACGGCAUGACAUACGCGGAGAUCGAGGCGGCAGACCCGGAGGAGUUCGCCAUGAGAAAAAAGGACAAGCUGGGGUACCGGUACCCGCGAGGAGAGUCGUACUUGGACGUGUUCCAGAGGCUGGACACGAUCAUCCACGAGCUCGAGCGGCAGAGGGACCAUGUGCUAAUCAUCGCUCACCAGGGAAUCCUCCGCAUCCUCCUGGGUUACCUCAUGUGGAACGAGGUGAAGGACCGCGAGGAAUGCCCGCACAUCUCCAUCCCCCUCAACACCAUCAAGUGCCUCAAACCACAUGCCUACGGCUGCACCUGCGACAGCCUGUGCCUGCUCAAGAAGGAAGCUGGUCCUGAUGGCCAGACAGAGCCCUGCGCUCCUGACCCGCCAUCUCACUAGUCGGCUUCGCUGUUCAGUCCUGACUUUCAGGCGGUGCCCGGGCCACGGCGUGGCGCUUCAAGGCUUCGUCUCACUCCGUGCUCUUUCAAUUAUGACCGUGCCAUGGGUUUCCCUCUAUCUCCCUCUUCCUAUCGAUCCGCGUCAGCCGCACGGUCGGAGAGCAAGUGUGCACUGUAGAAGAUCGUUCAAAGUUUUAUGUAAACAAUCAGCCGGACCAUC